ACUUAAAAAAAACUCCAGGGUUUGUUUGUAACGGCCUCCAGCACAUUCAUGGACAUGCAUUUUUUUUGGCCUGGGGCUUCUUUAUUUGACACAAUAGCCUAUUGACAUCGGUGUAGGGAAGAUUACAGUACAGUAUUUAUGCUGACAGGAUAAUGUGUGGAAACUCUGGACCUCUUUAGUGACAUUUUGAUCAUUCCUACUUUGAAGAUGGAAGGCUUUGGUUUCGUGUUCGGAGAUACAAAAAGGCGGCUGUUACGGUGACAAUAAAAGGCACCUUUUGAGGAGGGAAAAAAAGCACGAUUACCAGAGUGAGAUGAGCAGACUCAAUUAGGAGAGAAAAGUAGGGUAAGGUUUUGACUUGGAUUUUGAAGCUGACGGUUCAGACUUCUAUUUCGUCCCAUCCAUCUACUUCCUAUCUGCUGUGAAGGCACCCACGAAGCUUUACUCAAGUAAAGAGCCUUUCAAUUAUUAACAGUCCAGCGCUCUCAUUCCCCCGUCGUAACCAUAGCUGCCAGUGUACUCAAACCAGCCUUGUGGGAAAAAGUUUCAAAUUGGCUAAAGAGGCUCACAUACCACUGAGACUUGAAGAAGGCGGACCUCCGGGAUGAAUCCGAAUAAGGGCAACUGAACUUGGAAUACCUUUUUCAUUUUUGAGUUUUAUUGCCGUGUGGGCUUUUUGUGGAUUUCGUGAGACACAACGAGUUGUCAUUUGGACCCACUUGGGUGGGCAUCAUUGUCAUGAACGCGACCCAACGGAUCAAACUAAUGAAGCACUUUGGUUCCGUCCCGCCGGAGCCCCCGCCGCCUCUGCUGGUGGUGCCUAAAACCGGUAUGGAGGAGCUCACAAUAUGGGAGCAGCACACAAUAACGCUGAACAAAGAUCCCAAAUUGGGUUUUGGCUUUGCCUUAUCUGGAGGCAGGGACAAGCCGCAUCUGGACAACGGAGAUACCGCGGUGAUCGUAUCGGACGUGCUGCCUAAUGGACCCGCUAUGGGACGCUUGUUUAACAAAGACCAGAUCGUCAUGGUCAACGGGGUCUCCAUGGAUAACGUCCAUUCCAACUUCACCAUUCAGACCCUCAAGUCAUGCGGCAGGACGGCUAACAUUACAGUGAAACGUCCUCGGAAAAUCCAGAUCCCGGCUACAACCAGGCCAGCUCGCGCCGCCUCCCACUCUAACCUGUUGGACCAAGACCCACCGAGAAGAAUGCGACGCUAUUCAGAUGCCAGCGACAACAGGGACGCCAGCCGCUACCGCACACGGGCACGCAGCUCCUCUCCCGAUCGCAACGGUUACGGAGGAACAAUGCCAUUGGUGUCGUCGGGAUACAAGAGGCUACCGCACCAUGAUGUUGUUGACAAGCCCCUCAGAACAACUCUGGUUAAAAAGAAAAUUUCAGACGAGUACGGCUUGAAGUUGGGCAGUCAGAUAUUCAUCAAGCAUAUGACUGAAACGGGCUUAGCAGCAAAGGAAGGCACUCUGCAAGAAGGCGACCUGAUUUUAAAGAUCAACGGCAUGACCACGGAAAACCUCUCCCUGCUAGAAACCAAGCACCUGGUGGAGAAGAGCCGCGGCAAACUGACAAUGACAGUCCUACGUGACCAACGGAAGUUUCUGGUUAGCAUCCCUGAGGUGGAGGACAGCGCCCCCAACAGUGAGGAUGAGCGUCGGCGUAGACGCAGCAGUUCUGAGAUGGAGGACAUUUCUGACCUGGAUGAUCAUUCACCUUCCCGCAGAACCUCACGUCAUCCGACAAGAGAGAAACGGACGCACAGGACGAGAGCAGAACUUCCUUCUUUGGUCGUCAAGUCUAGGGAUUCUUCUCCCGUGCGCUCCACUUUACCUCGACCCCCUGCGAGAGGCUUUGCAUCGCGUCGGGCACCGUCUGACUCGGAGUCGGACCGCAGCGCCUCUCCACCACCCGCCAGGACAGACAGUCUGAACCAUUCCAGCAAAUACAAAAGCCUGCCUGGAUUGUCCACCCUGCCAAACCCAAAGUCCUCGCCCGCCGCCCACAACUGGUCGUCGUCCAGGCCCGCCUCAUCAUCCUCACGGCCACGCAAGCCCGUGUCGGAUUCUGACUCAGACCGCAGCGGGUCCCCCCAUAGAGGAAGCCCUAGCAGAUAUAACCCUAGAGUUCUUCCUUCUGAUUUGUCCCAUACUGGUGUGAGAUCUUCCCCCAUUAUGGUGCGCCAGGAGCCCCCAAGGAGGGUCAACUCUCCCUUGAGAGUCCCACCCCCAGAUUCCGAGUCAGAGUCGGAAGGCAGCUCGGCGCCUCCUCGGAGGCGGAGCACCGCCUACAGUCAAGACUCGUACAACAGCAGCAGAUACAGAGUUUUGGCAGAUGUUACCUCGCAACCGGAAACAGGCCGACCCAGUGCUUCCGGGAUACCGGUCGGCGUUGCGCCACGCAGAGCUUCGUCCGAGUCUGAUUCAGAGGCCAGUUAUACGUCCGCCCCUCGCAGGCACUCCACAGACAGUGAGAAGUCAGAACGAGCCAGAAACCGAUACAGAGUCCUUCCCGAGAUCAGGCCAUCUUCGGCAGAUGUGAAUCCGGAGCCGCCUCGCCGAAUCCCAUUGCCCGUCCACCCGCCACCUGAUGAUUCCUCAGACUCUGAUGAUUUGUCACACCUCCGGAGAUCGGGCAGCUCAGACCGCGGCGAUAGCAGACGCAGUGCUCCUGAUGUGGCACACAAAAACAGCACCAUGAUGUCCGGAAUCUCCGUAAAGAGCAGGCCGUCAGUCAGCUCAUCUGCUCCCACUGCGCUGGCAGAAGAGCCCAUCUACUCCUUACCUCCAGAUUCCUACCCGACAACCCACCAAGGGUACAGCUCAGACUUGCAAACGGUGUCGUUUGUCAAGGAAAGCAGCGUUGGCCUGAGGCUGGUGGGCGGCAACGACGUGGGUAUCUUCGUGGGAGGGGUGCAACCCAACAGCCCCGCCUAUGAACGGGGGAUGCAAGAGGGUGACCAGAUCUUAAAGGUCAAUAACACCGAUUUCAGCCAUUUCACUCGAGAAGAGGCCGCAAAUUUCCUGCUUAACAUCAAGAGAGGAGAGAAUGUGGACAUUCGCACUCAGAACAAGAUGGACAUCUAUAAAAAGAUCAUCAAGUCCAACCUAGGGGAUAACUUCUACAUCCGAACGCACUACGACCACGAGACCGAUCACCCCAUAGGCCUGAAUUUUACACGAGGAGAGGUGUUCAGGGUGGUGGACACCAUGCACCGCGGGAAGCUCGGCAACUGGCUGGCCAUCCGCAUGGGCAACGACCUUCACGAGUUGGAUAAAGGCACCAUUCCCAACCAGACCAGAGCGGAAGUGCUGGCAAUGCAAGAGCAGACACAGAGGGCAAGCGGCGAGAGACCUGUAACGGGCCCUAGAGCCGAAUUCUGGAAACUACGGGGCCUCAGAGGGAACAAAAAGAAUGAAAAGAACACACGCCGCACACGGGAAGACCUCUUGCAGCUCACCAUUCAGGGCAAAUUCCCGGCUUACGAGAGAGUCCUGCUCCGAGAGGCUAAUUUUAAGCGGCCCAUCGUUAUCCUGGGUCCUCUUAACGAUAUUGCAAUGGAAAAGCUGGCCAAGGAGAUGCCUGAUGAAUACGAAGUAGCUGAGAUGGUUCCUCGCAGCGGGGGCGGCGAUAGCACCUCAACGGUGAUCAAACUCGACACUGUGAGGAAGAUAGCUGAGAAGAACAAGCACCCUCUUCUGGACAUCACACCCACUGCUGUGGAGAGGCUCAACUACAUCCAGUACCACCCCAUGGUGAUCUUCUUGGACCCGCACAGCCGCAAGGACGUCAAGACCAUGAGGCAGCGCUACAGCCCCGACUCCAACAAGAGCUCCAGACGCCUCUACUCGCAGGCUCUCAAGCUCAGGAAAGACUGCAGUCAUCUUUUCUCAGCGCGUGUUGACCUGCAGCCUGGUUCCAAUGUUUGGUACCAGGUUCUCAAGGACAAGAUUCGCCACCAACAGUCCAAACCAGUUUGGGUUUCUGAAGUCACAUUGGAGAGCGGAGGAGAACAGGACCUGGACGCGCUGGAUCAAACUCAGUCCGACUACCUCAGCGCCGCCAGCGACCUGGAGGACACGGACGGCGAGGCCUUCACGGAUGGCGAGGCAUACACAGACAAUGAGGAACUAGAGGAAGCCUACCCGGGUCAAGCCGCAGCCAAGGGCCCCAGGGCGUCCGGCGCCGCUUUGGCUCGCUCGUCCGAGCCCGCCUGGAGCCAGCACGGACACGACGAGGAGGCCGACAACGACACUUACGACGAAGUGUAUUCUCCGGGCAGAGAAAUCCCGCCUUUGAUGCACGUUCCGGAGCCCUCAACAAUCCGACGCCAGAGCCGCAGCCCACCUCUGCAUCACCCGGACGACGUUCCUUCAGUCCGCAGUUUUUCGGACUCUGACUUCAACCACUUGGACGCGCUUUCACCCGACGCGCCGUCAGACGGACCCCCAGAUUUUAUCGCCCCCGACCCGACGACGCGGUAUUCCUAUAGCGAGCGAUCUUAUGCAGACCAGGAGCCUGAGAGUUCCCAGCAAGCUAGCCUGUUUGCUAUUGAGGACAAACUACAGCAGGCUCGACAGGCAGAGCCGCAGACCCACACAGAGGAGAAGAAAGCCCUUCAGUUCAUAGUGGUGGCUCAGCACGAAGCGGUUCAGGUCAGACGCACGCACAUCCGAGGAGGCAGCAACAGCUCAGACGAUGACGAAGACUACGACGAAGAGGACGACAUCGAAUGGGGGCCGGCGACAGAACUGUAGACAUACUACGUGCGAAACAUUCGAGUCGAAUGAUCAAAAACACUCCAAAAAGCUGUUUUGUUUUGUUACGCUUCCCCAAGCAAAACUAGUUAAGAUUGUUAUUUACAUUUUUUUUAGUCAAGUACUAACAAUUCAAGUCUACUUCCUGCCCUCGCUGCAUGUUUGUGAAUUAUCUCAGAGCUUAAAGACAAAAAGCUGUACUUUGGGAAACAGUGUAUUAAAGGAUGUUUUUAUUUUCUACUUAGGGGUUAGGAUCAAAGCACAAAUAAAACCUCAGAGGAACUGCAGUGUUUAGAAUAGAAAGCUUUUGCCUAUGAAUUCCACCAAUUCAUAUUAAAAAUGUGAUUUUUGCACCAAUUCUAAUUCGAAAAAAAAUUACUUUAAUUAGUUUUGUAAAAGUGUACCUAAUGUGGCUAGAAAGUGUAUCUCAUCUCUGGAAGACUGAACUUUACAAUGACACUUACUGAAUCAACUAGAUUUUUUUUUUCUAUUACUUUUGACCAUGACUGUUUCAUUUUUUUUAUCAUGACUUCAUUUUUAAAUAAAUAUAUUGCAAAAUUUUA